UACUUGUACACACACACACAAAUAAUAUCCUGGUGCAUCUUUAGUGCAGUGCAGGCACACACACAUACAACAUCCCCUCCCCUCCCCUCCCUUUUCAGGUUUGCCUCUGUACUGUACUACCACCACUUGUGAGAUGAGAUGAGAUGAGAUGAGAUGAGAUGUGAUGAGAUGAGCAGCACGGCAUCACUGUCCUACAUCCAUCCCCUACCAGUAAUUUACCAAACCUCUGCUGCUUUCCAUAAUCAAACACCACAGUGCCAGUGGGGGGUGCCACUUUAACUGAAACACCACCCCACACCACUUCACCCCCUCUCCCUCUUCCUCACUUUGCCCCCCUUCUCUCUCCCCGCACUAGUCUCUCUCUCUCUCCCUCUCCCCCCUUCGGUGAGCACAAGGGGCAAUUGGUAAGGAGUUUCCAUAGCCAUGGCCUGAGCAGAGACUGCUGGUUCCUUGGCAUCGUCGUCUUCUUCAGGCCUGACUCUGAUGGAUUGAAGCGGUGCACGGAAUUCUGCUUCUGGGUGGUAGAGCCUUCUUGACGUCUCGGUUCUCUGGAUAGCUAGCUAGUUCUCUCUCUGGGCAUGCUGGCUUGGACCACAAGGUGAGACAGAGAAACCAAGUGACGGGUGAAAAGAUUGUCGCCAUCAGUCAGAGAUGAAGAGCAAGGAGAUGUGCCAAGAACCGUGCGACGAGCUGUCCGAGAUCAGCAGCCAGGAGGCGUCCAACUCCUCCGGCCUGAUCAGCCUCGACCUCUCACUCACCGUCCCCGUCGCCGCCGCCGCCGCCGCCGAGUCGAGCACUACCGACAACAGCAACAGUAACAGCGGCGGCGCGCUGGCCGACGCGGCGGUGGCCGCCCGCGAGCCGUCGCGCGUGUUCACGUGCAACUACUGCCAGCGCAAGUUCUUCAGCUCGCAGGCGCUGGGCGGGCACCAGAACGCGCACCGGCGGGAGCGCACGCUGGCCCGACGCGCGCUGCGGCUGGACGCGGCGGGGCCCUACGGCUACUACGCCGACGUGGCGUCCCUGCCGCUGUACGGCUCCGGCCUGUACCCGAUCGGCAUCCAGGCGCACGCGUCGACGGCAGCGCACCCGGAUCAGCAGCGGCGCGAGGACGCCGGCGCCGGCGCUGGCGCCGAGCUGAGGAGGCCCGCGCGGGGGCUGCUGAGCCCCAUGCCGUUCCUCGUGGCCGACGAGGAGAUGAGCUUCGGCUGGCCCGGUAGCUUCAGACCAGCCAUCCCCGCUGCUGCUGCUGCUGCGCCGGCGGGGAGCGCAGCCCUGAACUCGGCCGGCGGCGUCGCCAUGCAUGCCCGGGAGGAGCCCGAUCUGACGCUCAGGCUAUGAAGUGUGUGAACUGAUCCGUCGACUAGACUGGUUAUUAAUCCGUCAGGCUGUUUCUUUCUUAUUCGUCGCCCUUCUUUCUCUCUCUUUGAACUGAUCGGCCCAUGUCUGACGGACGACGCUGAUCAGACCGUGGCGGGUCUCUUGCUUGGCCAGAUUCUUCUUGCUUCCUAUUGUUUCGUGCGUGCAAGAAUUUUUGUACAGCAGUUGGAUGUGCAAGAGCUCGAGAUAUCUCUUUGUUCAAUGAUCUUGCUAUGUUAA